AUGGCGGACGCAGAUGUAGCAACCAGAUCCCCCGAGAGCGACGCUCAAGAGACCAGCAGUGCUCCCGCACAAACAGGUAGUCAUACGAUGGGCGAACACUGCACCUCCGACAGACCUACCCCUGCCGGUCUGGCACCUAAAGGAGAACUAAGGAAACUCGGUGGUGUGGAUGUCUAUCUAGCAAAACCGGAAGCAUAUCCGACAAAUCCAUCCAAGCUUCUUCUCCUUCUUUCGAGCGGCACGGGAAUCAAGUCGACAAACAAUCAGAUUCAAGCGGACAAGUUCGCCGAUGAGGGUUUUGUUGUUGUAAUGCCAGACCUUUUCGAAGGCAACCCCGCGCCGAACUCCUCUCCCCUUUCCGAAGCCGAGGCACAAGGGGCCUCAUUCCUCGACAAGCUCAAGUUCAAGGCUGUCGAGAUCGCAAAGUCAUUCGUGAUAGACGAGUGGUUAGCACGUCAUACGGAGGAAAAGGUCAUGCCUAUACUCGAGAAGGUUAUUGACGCAGCUAAGGGCGAAUUCGCCGAUGCGGUCGGUAACGGAGGUGGCAUAUACGCAGUCGGCUAUUGUUUCGGUGGACGAUAUGUGCUCUUGCUGGCUAGCGAGCGUAGCCGCGCCCAGACAGGUUGGACUGGUGCACAGAAACCUGCCGAUGAAGAAGCAGGCGACGGGGCAAACUUAUCAAAGAAGGGCCCAUAUAUCAAAGCAGGUGCGCUGGCGCAUGCAACUCUGGUGUCACCAGAAGACUUUCAGAGAUUGAAGGCCCCCGUGAGCUUAGUCUGCGUAGAAAGCGAUCCCCUAUUCCCAGACGAAGUCCGGGAAACCGGGGAGAACAUAAUGUCGACGGAGAAUGUGGAACAUGAAGUUCAGGUCUAUCCUGGUGUUCCGCAUGGUUUUGCUGUCAUCGGAGACUACGAUGACGCCAACAUCAAGGACGCCCAAAUAACAGCCUUCGAGCAAAUGCUAAGAUGGCUCAAGGAACACUAG